AUGAACCAAAAAUCAAUAAUAACAGAAGUUUAUUUAGAAUAAAAACUCUUAGAAUGUAUAAAUUUAUCAAUAUAAUAAAAAUUCGACGAAUCAUUAAACUAACUAGCCGAAAUUUUAGAAUCUGCCUGCCUCUAUUUCUAAGAUGAAAAGCACCCAAAACUUGGAAAAUUUUAUUUUAUAUAUGGAAACACACUUCUUUAAAGAUUAGAACAUAACACCGAAAUAUUAAACAAUCCUAAAGAAAAAUCAAAAAGUAAAUCUGACCAAAAAUUUAAAAUAAACGAAAAUUCUAUAAUAAAAGAAACAUCCGAAGUAGAAGAAGAAAACAACGAUAAUGAUGAUUAAAAUUCAAAAGAAGAAGAAAGUAAUAAUAACGAAGAAAUAGCUAAUAAAAUUGAAUGUUUGAAUAUAAAAGAAAACUAAAAUCAAGAAUAAGUAGAUGACAUAUAAUUAGUUUGGGAGAAUUUAGAACUAAGUAAAUAUAUUUAUAUGAACUAAGAAUAAAGUAAUGACGUAUAAUCUAAAUUGGUCGAAAUUCAUAUUAGACUAGCAGAAUUUGAGGCUUGGAGAGAUUAAUAUGAAAACUCUGUUUAAGAAUAUAGAAAAGCUUUAUAUUUAGCUAAAGAAAUUGAGGAAGAGAAUUUUUCAAGAAGAAUUAGUUGUAUUUAUUUUUAAUUAGGAAACGCUCUUUUAUAUGAAAAUAAAAACUUAUGUGAAGAAUAGGCUCUUUAGUAUUAUUUAAAAAGCGUGGAAAUUCUAAAUAAUAUUUUAACUUUUAAAAAGGAAUAAGAAAAUGUGUAAAAUAUUGUAGUAGAGAGUGCUAAAUAUAAGAUUGGAAAUAAAUACAUAUAUUUAAUAGAUUAAAAAGAAGCUGAUUUAUUUAAAGACAGAAAUACAUAUUAUUACAAUAAAAAACGUGAAAAUAAAGAAUAAAAAAAGAAUCACACACAUUGUCAUAAUAAUAUAAACACAGAAAAUCAACCUAAAAACGGAUAAUGUUGUACAACUUUUUUUGCCAAAAUUUACAUCCCUAAAAGUGAAUAAACACAUAUAGAAAAAUCCGCUAUUGAAGCUUUGGAUAAGCACAAACUGCCUUAUUUAUUACCUGAACUAUUAGAUUAUAUUAGUAAGAAAUUCUUUAAGUUAAAAAACGAUGGAAUUAAAGAUAAUUUAAAAUGGGAUAAAUAAACAUAAGGUUAUUUAACUGCUGAAUGUUUGAAAGGAGGUUGCUAAUAAUUUUUUAUUUAAAAAAUUAAAGAAUUUUCUAUCAGAGACUAAUCUAUAGAGACUUGCAACUCCUUUGACUUGGAAAAAAAUCAUCCUAAAACAUAAUUAAACUUUUUAUAAAGUCAAAAUAUAAGCUAACUUAUAAAUUAAGGAUAUACUUAUAUAAAAAACUUUAUAAAUAAUACUGACUUUAAUAUAAAUCUUUAUAAAGAAUUUAAUUUUUUAGAAAUCGAUGGAAGAUUUGAAGAAUAAGUAAAUGAAAAAUCAGGAAGAUCGGAUAGAGUAUUAUGGGUUUCUUUAAGUGAAAUCAGCGAUAAAGAUUUUAAAAAUUUUAAAGAAAUUUGUGUUAGAUUAACUUCUAUUCCAUAUGAAUUGAAUGAAAAAACACAAUUUUUAGCAUAAAUUUCGGAAUUGUUUUAAGUUAGUUAUUUUAAAAAUAAUGGAAGCUAUUAAGAAAAGCAUUUUGAUUCAUCUUUUGAAGGAAAUUAAGAUAAUGGAAGGAAAUUGACUGUAUUAUAUUUUAGUAAUUUAGAUAAUGAUAUAAAUUGCAAAGAUUAAGGAAAAAUACGAAUUUAUCCUGAUUUUCUAAAAGAUGAUUAAAAUAAAUAUGUCGAAUUUGAAACUGAGGUUGAUAGUUUAUUAAUACUUAAAAGUAGGGUAAUUCCUUAUGAAAUUUUACCUAAUAAUAACUAAAAAAGAUAUAUUAUUAGAUUUUGGGUAACUGGACCAGCAGAUAAAAAUAAAAAAUAAUUUUGA